AUGACAAGCUCUAAGCUUCGAUUCAAGAUUGGCAAAAUGAAGUCAAUCAACAAAGCCACUCUUUUUCAGCUAUCGAAAGAUCUAAAAGCUCUUAGCAAGACUGGUGGAACUCAAUUUGAUCGUGAAUUAAUAUUAACUAAACUCAAGAUUGCACAAGUCGUAAAUGAUGACAAUACUAUUGACUUAUUCGAGAUAUUGGUAGUUGAUUGUGAAGUACUGCAUUCGAAACUACACCAACUUCUCUGCAAGUCAGAUGAUGAAGAUAUUGUUAAACUUGUGCGCGAAUUGAUGUAUGUGAGCUCAUACGUCAAUAUUAAGGAAUUCAAAAAACUUGUGGCUUUAUUAGCUCACAAGUACGGAAAAGAAUUCUACGAGAACGCAUUAAAUCAUCCCGAUAAUCCAGAGAUAGUCCAUAAAUGCAACGGCAAGAACGUUGAUUCCUUAGUUGAAAUGUAUUUGCAAGAAAUCUGUGAUUGCUAUCAAAUUUCCUUAAAAAAUGAAGCGAAGGAUAUUAGUGCGCCAAAAAAUGAAAGUACCGAUUCUACAACGAAAAAUGAAACUGAUUUGGACGAUCUUAGAAGAAGGUUUAACGCGCUGAGAAAGUAG